AUGUAUACGUGCGGCGCAUUUGCGCUGCUGCCAAUUUGCGCCGUCUUGCUUGAACGGCACGCUGCGGAGUGCUUCGCCUACCGCGUACCCAUUGAGUAUGCAACUAGUGCCAGAUUGGCCGCGAGUCGGUGCAGUGAAGCGUUAUACACUUAUCGUGUGAAGAACUCACGCUCAUGUGUGUUAUUCUCCGGCCUCCACGCAAAUGCUGCCGGUACGGAAGGCGGCAACAACGCAGACGACAUCGAGCAGCCGCUUGCAGAGAACCCGCCUCGCACGCAGGGAGAUGAAAGCACCGGUACAAGUGGUGAGGGACGUACGAGGGAAGAAAUGUUGAAAGAGUACCGGGAUGCAAUACUGAAUGAUGGCUUUGACAAGCAACUCACCGACCUGCUGCUGGCCCAGCCUGAUGUGCCCAAAGACCCCAAAGACCACUUCCCGCUGUCCAAGUGUGACUGGUUUCACACGGACGGGCCGCUAGACUCCGACGACGAGAUGUUCUUGCGGGAUUACUGUGCGGAGAAGGUGCCCGAUAUAGACGACAUUUACAAGAGGGUGGACCCGCAUGGCAUACGCAAGUACGCGCCGAGAAACAUAACCACGAUGGAAAAGACCCUAGGGAGAGUCUACGACGUCAACCAGCCGCUGCUUGAUGAGGACGCCAUAAAUGAGAGCCGUAACACGCAUACGAUACCCACAGCCCGGGCGGCCGCAGCCGCCCAAACUGGCGAUACGCCAGCUCCAGCGGGCUCAGCCGAACCUUCGUCUGAUGCGCCUAACGAGUGCGAACUGGACGAGUAUGGCCGCAGGAUCCCCAGCAUUGGUGAAAUCGCCCUUACCGAUAAUGAUUACGUGGUGUCUACAGCCGCUGAUGACGACGCCAAGGACGAGGCUGACGAAUUCAGGGAGUGUGACCCGGAUAACAGUUACGACGACGCUUUGAAAGAUAGUGUGAUAGAGGACGACGCGUACCGCUAUUUCGUGACGCUUCCCAUGCUCUCGUGGACCACGUUCGACAAGGACGCUCUCAACACUGCCCUGGCCAGGCUGACCAAUUAUAAGGAACAUUACAAAGAAAGCGAGCGGCAGUUGGGCACCAGCAGCCCAUAUGCGGUGUUCACGUCUGAGCCUUCCAGCGGCGUCGGCGUGAGCGAUGGGACGUGUGAGAUGUCACUGUCCGAAGAGCUGGCUGCGAUGGAGACUGUGGAGAUGAACCCCGUCGAGAUGUACAUGGAGGAGUAUAAGCACAGCGACCUGCUCAACGACAUAGACGCUUACGAGGCAGCGGAGUACCCGCGUGUGGUCCAGCGAAUCUGCGCGUCGGACGCCAACUCACCUGUCUUCACUAUGGACGACUUCACGCCAAAGUAUGCGGAGGUCGAGACGGUGGACCCUCGUGUGUACGUGUCUGUGCCCAAAUCCAGCAUCAAACAGGAUGCAACAGGUACGCUGGUGCUGCGUGAGCAGUUCUUGGUGAAGCGUGCUCGUGACGUACGCCUCAGCAGCCAGGUCACUGACAUCCCCAUCAGCUCGGAACCGCAGAUUGGCACCAUUCUGAUCCCCAACGAAUUUGGCUACACGGAUCAGAAUAUCCGGUAUCUGGCGGACGAGAUCGGUGUUAUAUCACGGUCGAUCGUUUUUGUUCCGGACAUUUCCGAUAACGACUUGGUGUUUUCGUUGACCUUGAACCGGCUGAUAAAGUUGAUGCAGACUGCCUUCAACGUAAACCGCAUAUCGUUGGUGGCCUUGGGGAGUCAGGGUCGUCGGGUGAUUCAUUACGCCUACACUGCCAUGCGGGACACAGUCGAACGUACGCUGCACGACUUCAAACCGGUGGACCCGAAGUUCGACCCCGAUAAAUACAGCAGCAUGACCAACCUGGGGCGAUUGGAAAACAUCCUGAGGCGGCAGAAGACGCUCAUGGUCGACGACAUCAUAUCUGGGAUCCAGCGGAUUGAACACAACGAGAGCGUGAAGGCCGCCGAGUCGCUGCGGGACUACAACGUGAUAAAACCGCUAUCGAAUCUGCUGCAGAGCAUUGUGUUGUGGGACAGUGUCGGCGUUAACUUCAAGGAGGUGGCCCAGCUGGGCGUCCCUGUGCAGUUUAACAUGUCCAAUCGCACCAAUCUGUUUGAGGCGCUGUUGCGCUUAGACAACCCGAAGUUCCUCUCGCGUAAAAAGAAGCUCACGGGGUUCGACCAUAACGAGUUUAUCGAGGUGUUCGACUAUGCGGAGGCGCCACUGCCUCCCGCGCUUCAGGAGACGCUCGGGGAACACGUGCAUUUGCGGUACGUUGGGCGCAGCGGUAGCUCGGACGACAAACCGGAUACGUACCACAUGACGACAAACCACACUGGCAUCGACAUAUGCUUGAACUUCUUCCCCCUGGCGUCUGGACACUUCUACAUGAAAAAGCCUGGUGCACCGCGAGGCGAGCUCAAUUCUCUGGGCAACGCCAUUCUGUCCUGCGCAGAUUGGAUUAACUCCUGGUCGUACUGA